AAAAUCGCAAGCCAUACCACCACCGGCGCCUCCUCCGACGCUGCCAUCACCCCAGGCUGCAAGGAACAUAUGAAAAGACCAAAUCCUUCUGUUUACAAUACUAAGUCAGCGAGUUCAUGAACUUUAUACGGCUUUUUACCUAAUAAUAAAUAGUAAAAUCAUAAAAAAACGUAUAGAAAACUCAUGUCUUUAUUUAACAUGUACAUUUUAUUUGGUUUUAAAAGAUUUUUCAUUAAUUUUCAAUUUUAAUCUAAAAAUCGAGAGUAAUGAUAUUGUUGAUAUUGGUUCCCUGAUCAGCGAUUGUUGUUGUUUUGCCUGUCAGACUGGCCGACGCGCUACAAAAAGAAAACUUCUAUCCGUAUAAACAAAAAUUUUCCGAGUGCUUCUUAAUUACGUUUUAGCUCAGUGCCUUCUAAUAUCACCAAUCUUGUAAAAAUGAGUGACCAAUUCACUAAACGAGUAAAAUAUAAUUCAUAUUUGUAUCGUUAUCGCGAUGCGACAGAGCGCCGAGCAGCUUUGCUAGAGCAGAAUGACGAAGAGCUAGCUGCAGGAGGAAGUUCAUACGUUAUUGGAAGCAACCAAGGCGCAGGCGAUGCACCUAUGGAUUAUCAUUCAGAAGGAUCUUCCAAUGUGAUGGCAGAAGAAGCCGGUGAAACGACAAGCGAACCUGAAUGUGAUGAGUUUGUUACGGACUAUUUAGUUGAAAGCUCUGACGAUGAAAGAAUGGACACAGAACGCACAGAAGGGUAUGAUGUAGAAGCCGAAUUACGUCGAUGGGCAAUAUCCACCAAUCAAUCGUAUAAUUCUAUAAGUCAAGUUAUGGAAAUCAUACGAAACGUGAGUUCUUGUAAUCUUCCAAAAGAUGCUAGAACUUUGCUGAAGACUCAUCGAAAUGACUCAAAUGAAGUUGUAACGAUAAACGGAAGUCAGUAUUGGUAUAACGGAAUAAGACGAUGUCUGCUCAACGAACUAAGCCGCAGCGAUAUAGCUCUCGAUUCGUAUUCUAAGCUGGAACUUAAUGUUUCUAUUGAUGGAUUACCCAUAUUUAAAAGCAGCAAUCUUCAAUUUUGGCCAAUAUUAUUCAACGUUCAUAACAUUCCAGAAGUGCCGGUAAUGACCAUUGCAGUUUACAGCGGAUCAACAAAACCAGCAGAUAUCGAUCAAUUUCUUCAGCCCUUCGUUGAUGAACUUAACUUCCUUAUGGAAAAUGGAAUAACCAUCAAUAACAAAAAGAUUUCCAUAGAAUUACGUGUCAUUAUAGCUGAUUCACCUGCUCGAGCAUAUAUUAAAGGUGUUGCUGGUUUCAACUCACGAGAUGGUUGCUUGAAAUGCGCAACGAAAGGAAGAAGCCUUAAUGGAAGAACUGCAUUUUCCAGUUAUACUGAACUUGAGCGAACAGAUCAUGGGUUCAGAUUACGAAUUUACGAAGGUCAUCAUAAAUAUUGUACUCCAUUGUUGAAACUAAAUAACUUCGACAUUAUCAAACAAAUAAUCGUCGCAGAUCAACUACAUUUGAUAGACUUAGGUAUCACCAAACGCACGAUCGUAAGUUUCAUGGAAGGAAAAUUUGGCGUUAAAAAAAAGCUUAGCAAUACACAAAUUAACAAUUUGUCUGCAAUGCUGACCAACAUCAAACUUCCUAUUGAAAUUCACAGAAAGUUCCGUUCAAUGCGUGACUAUAAGCACUGGAAAGGCUCAGAAUAUUCCUCAUUUCUAUUUUAUGCCAGUUUCGUUAUACUCAAAGAGAUAACAAAUGAAGAACAAUACAAGCACUUCAUGCUGUUCUUUUGUAGCUUAACUUUGUUUUCCUCAAAUGUUUACAAAGAACAUUGGCCUUUAGCAAACACGUUGAUUCAACUUUAUGUAAAACAUUACGCAAAUAUCUAUGGCCCGGAAUUUAUUUCAAGCAAUGUACACAAUCUGCUACAUAUAUUCAAAGAAGUUGAACAAUUUGGUCCAAUUAGUAGCAUAUCUUCUUAUCCAUUUGAAAACCAUUUGCAGCAUUUAAAACGUUCAUUGCGUUCUGGCUGGAAAUGCUUAGAGCAAACUAUAAAUAGACUUUCCGAAAAAGAAGUUUUUAACACUCGUUCAGCUAAUCUAUGUUUAAAUUUCCCUUCUGUUCAUACCAGAACUGGCACAGUAACAUUACAUGUCCGCAAAGCCUUUCUUUUAAAAACUGGGGAACGUAACGAAUGGUUUUUGACCAAAAGUGGUAAUGUGUGCAAAUUUAUCACUGCACAUGAACAAUACCGUAACAUAAAAAUUGUUGCGAAAAAAUUGUCUCAAACAGACGAUUGUUUUGUAUAUCCUUUGAAUUCUAAAUUUAUGCAUAUGCAUCAUGGAAACCUGAGCGAUCUGGAACAUACGGAAUUGGAUGUUAAUAUUGAGGAUAUACGAUGUAAAUUGGUAGCUGUUCCCCUUUCCAAAGAAAAUGAGUAUCAAUAUGUUCCAUUAAUUCAUACCCUCGUAGGCUAAUAUUUGCAUUUCUUAGAUAAUAAAUAAUUAAUAUGAUUUUCUUUCUGUAUCGUUCUUUUUAAUUACUAUAAUUUAUGGAUUAUAACAUUUCAAAAAUUUA